UGGUCUGCGCCGCGGGUCAGCUGACUGCGAGUGCAGUCAUGUGGCGUUUACAGACACAGCAGAUCGCACGGAGAGCAGAGAGCUCGAGAGAACAACAACCCGGACCCGGUGUUUAAAAGGCAGAGGAGCAGCUCGGUGGUCGUCUGUGUCUCCGUGUGUCUGUCCCCCUCACUCGUCCCGCCAUGGCCUGGACCAAAUACCAGCUGUUCCUCGCGGGGCUGAUGCUCACAACUGGAUCUAUCAACACGUUAUCUGCCAAAUGGGCUGAUCUGUUCACAGCGAAAGGUUGCCACAAUGACCCCGAGCAUGGAUUCUCUCACCCGUUUGUACAGGCGGUGGGUAUGUUCCUGGGUGAGUUCAGCUGUCUGGCCGUCUUCUACAUCGUACUUUGCCAUGACAGACGUAGACCAGAGCCCAAGAUAAACCAGGGGCAGAGCUUCAACCCUCUCCUCUUCUUCCCCCCUGCCAUGUGCGAUAUGACGGCCACCUCCAUCAUGUAUGUUGCACUCAACAUGACGAGCGCCUCCAGCUUCCAGAUGCUGCGCGGAGCCGUCAUCAUAUUCACCGGUCUGCUCUCUGUGGCUUUCCUGGGGCGACGCCUGGCGCCCAGUCAGUGGCUGGGCAUCGCCAUCACCAUCCUGGGCCUGGUGAUCGUGGGCCUCGCGGACUUCUUCAGCGGCCACAGCGACGACGAGCACAAACUCAGUGAGGUCAUCACAGGAGACCUUCUGAUCAUCAUGGCUCAGAUCAUUGUCUCAGUGCAGAUGGUCCUGGAAGAGAAGUUCGUCUACAAACACGACGUCCAUCCUCUUCGUGCUGUUGGUAUUGAAGGUUUCUUUGGUUUCUUCGUCCUGUCGCUGCUGCUCAUCCCGAUGUAUUUCAUCCACGUGGGCGACUUCAGUAACAACCCUCGGGAGGUGCUGGAGGACGCGCUGGACGCCUUCUGUCAGAUCGGACACCAGCCCCUCAUCAUUUUGGCUCUGCUGGGCAACACGGUCAGCAUCGCCUUCUUCAACUUCGCCGGCAUCAGCGUCACCAAAGAGAUCAGCGCCACCACCCGCAUGGUGCUGGACAGCCUGCGCACGCUGGUCAUCUGGGUGGUGAGCCUGGCGCUGGGCUGGGAGCACUUUCAGGGCCUUCAGGUCCUGGGCUUCUUGGUCCUGCUGCUCGGCACAGGCCUCUACAACGGACUGCACCGACCCCUGCUGGCCAGGAUACCGUGCUGCGCUCGCUUUUCGAACGUGGCUGAGGAGAGCAGCCCAGGAGAAAGAGAGAGACUGGUGAACGACGGCAGAUUGGAGGAUGGUGACGAGAGCUAAACACUUGUUUAUGGUCGACACGCUCAGCACAGCGGACCGGACGCUCUCUCUAAAGACACUGCACCUUUCAUGAACACUGUCAGGUAAAUCUUUUUUUUAACGGGUUUCUUUUCACACCUCAGAAUUCAACUGACUUCACACAAUGCUGUAAUAUAUCAGAGUCUGGAAACCUUUAAAAAAACAUUCAACCUUUUGGGGAAAUGCACUUAUUCUCUUGUCGAGUGUUAAAUGAGAGGAUUCAUAACCGCUCUCAUAAUGUUGGUUGAAUAUGAGCCUGCAACAAAAAGACAUGGUUAGCUUAGCAUAGCUUAUUUUAGCACAAAGAGUGGAAACAGCUAGCCCGGCUCUGUCCAGGUACAGGUAGACAGAUUUCAAUUACUUUGGACAAGAGAUGCUGGUUGUCUCCUUCUGUAUCCAGUAGUCAUGCUAAGCUAAGCUAACACCACCUUCAUACAGACAUAAAAGAGUGUCAUCAGCUAAGUCAGAAAAUAAGUGUAUUUCCCUAAAUGCCAUGUAGACGAUAGAGAGGGUCGUCUGAACAAGCUUUUUUAUCAUGAUAUGUGUUUUUUGCUCUUUAAGAAACAAUAAUUUUAAAAGAUAAUUUAAAGCCAGUGUGCUCCCUUUGUUUUUAUUUUUAUUUUUUUAAAAUCUUGAACUGACUGAUUGUUAUGUGUUUUUAUAGCUAAGUCACUAAAGCACAUGUUUAUAAAAAUUACUGACAGAGGACAAUUCAAUUAUGACCAUUCAGACGUUUUAUGCUGAUUUCAGUCUUGUUGUUUCUGAUGUCGACUCAUUAUCUGAUCAGAUGGUCCAGAAUUUUAGAUGUUUUGUGAUCUGUGAUGAGAAUUUUUCCUUUUAAUGUUGCUGACCGUGCAGUAUAAGUGUGCAAAAAAAAAUGUCACUGCCAUUUCACUGCAGCAGCACGACUUUUAAAUCUCAGUUCAGCCGAUACAGAAUAUAAGAAAAGAACUGUCUGUGUAUUUGCUCGGUGACCCCUCGACACAGGAUCUGCACUUGUUAUUGUAAAUCCUGCUUCUCUCUUCAGUUGUCUGAGGCAUUGGCUGUAAUGUUCAAUAAGAAAAAAAGGGAAUUAAAUCACAUUUUGAAUGGGA